UAUAGUUUUUAUUUUACGUAAAGUAAAUUACGAAAUUUGGCUCUUCAAAAAUUAUUUGUUUAAAUUUUAUUUGAGUUGGAAAAGUUUUUAUUAAAAGGAAAUUGAGAUGAGUAAUAGUUAUUUAAAUUUUAUUGAGGAGUUUUAUGCUUCCAACAAGGACCUGACACUAGUUCAGGUUGCGAAAGCAGCGCGAGCGGCCUGGGCUACCCUACCAUGCAAAGAUAAACUUAAGUACCAUAUGGAGAGUAUUGAAGGCAUCCUCGAUGACUUAGCUAUGGAAUGUGGAACAUGUGGAAAGAAAAAGAAGAAAAAGGGUUGUGCGAAGAAGAAGCCAAAUAAAUGUGCUAAGAAGAAGAAACGCAAUCCGUGUGCUAAGAAGAAGAAGCCAACGUGUAAGCCAAAGCGUAAUCCGUGCAAGAAGAAGAAAAAGCGUCGUCAAAUUUGUUGCUAAUAAGUAAUACAUUUUCAAAGCAGACUGGAAUAAAAAUAAUUGGGUGGAAAUUCACAUCACUUGCUUCCUUCCAGUCUGUAUAGCCCACCACAUUUAACUAAUGGUUAAUUAUAUUAAUCUUCGUGCUGCUAAAAAAACG